GGGCGGGGACUCCCCUUCCCUGUCCCCCGAGGCAGAGCCCUGGACAAGAGGGACAGAAAUGUGCACCUUCACUUCAGGGCCUCGGGGGCAUCUCUUUGGUGCCCACUAAUGGGCAUCGUUUUCCCCAGUGCGAACUAAGAUACCCCUUUCUGAAGGGAGAGCACGAGAGUCUUGUUUUGUAAAUGCUCUGGGAGAAUGUCUCCAGUCCGUGUUUCUGGAAGGAUGCUCAGCGUCUCACCCCACUGCUCCCGGGUGAGACUGACGAGGGGAAACACUGCUCCCGCGUCACAGGAGCCGCUGGAGCACGGCAGUGGCAUCAUGCGACACCGGCCCGCUCAUCUGAGAGAUGGUUCUGGCCCGAACUCGCAAGCACCCCACGUGUGCCGGGGGUCAGUGGUGGGGCCGAGGUCCCCACGCCGCCUGCCCUCGGAUUGCGGGUUUGGGGGCCGGCGUCCUAGGGCGCGGUUUGCGGUCACUUGCCCAGGGGAGAAAGGCACAGGUGGAGACCAGCUCAGGUGCGUGAAGGAGGACGGAAGCCCGGCCGUCACCGUUACUCUGUUCAGGACAAGAUGGAGAAGCACCCCGGCCAGCUCGCUGCCGAUCGGGUGAGCGCAUCGUGUAAACCACCCCUUAGAGGAGGAAUUAUCGGUUGGGCUGUGCUGUCGAUCAGUUAAGCCAGAUUUCCAUGUCGUUCCGUGGGGGGGCGGGGGGAGACUCGGGAUUUAUCUGAAACAAGUAAACAAUUCCUGGAAGGACUGGGAGAGGCGGGGGCGGGUUCCGAGAACCGUGUGCAGCGGCCGAGGCGUCGUCGGGCAGCGGCGGACUCUGCCCUGGUCACUCGCGGGAGCCGCUGGGUAAACGGCGUGGGGGAGGGUGCCCGGCCUGCCCCCGGGCGUCCCCUUGGCUCUGUCCCGGGGGCCGGGUCCUGGGGCCACUCGAGCGCACAUCCGGGGCCUGAGGCUGCGCUGAUCUGACAGCGUCCUGGCAGCCGGACCCGGGCUCCGCCAACCUCCGGGGUUGCCCUGGAACCAAACCAGAGUCGGCCGUGGGAGACAGUCUGCCGGCCACGCGCGUCCCCGCCGGCGCCUGCCGCCUGGGAAGCCCCCGGACACGCGCCCACGACGCCCUGAAGGCAGCCCAGGCCUGGCGAGGCGACGGGGGGCCUGCCGACGCCUGUGUCCUGAGCGCUGGCCGUCGGGGCAGCCAGAUCCUUUGCCUGUGCUGGAGCCACGAAAAAGAAGAAUUAAUCCAGAGCAUGCUGACCCAGGUCGUAGAGCAGUUCUCAAGAGCGUUUAAGAUCAACGAACUCAAAGCCGAAGUCGCGAAUCACCUGGCCGUGCUCGAGAAGCGCGUCGAACUGGAAGGCCUGAAAGUGGUGGAGAUUGAGAAAUGCAAGAGCGACAUCAAGAAGAUGCGGGACGAGCUGGCGGCCCGAAGCAGCAGGACCAGCUGUCCCUGUAAGUACAAUUUUGUGGAUACCAACAAGAAGAUGACGCCCCGGCGUGAUGUCCCCACUUACCCCAAGUACCUGCUCUCUCCAGAGACCAUCGAAGCGCUCCGGAAGCCCACCUUUGACGUCUGGCUCUGGGAGCCCAACGAGGGCCCGGGCUCUCGUGCUGUCCUCCUUGCCGACGCAGGAGAGGCCUCCGCCCCGCCGCGCGCGGACCCGGGUCCCAGGGGUCGUCCCAUAGCCAACCCUGAGCCAGACGACACGCGGCCACCGAGGAACGUGCGGACCGGAGCGUGCGUUUGGAGGGGCAGGAGGCUGGCCUUGCCCGCGAGGUCGAUGCUGAGCUGCCUGGAGCACAUGUACCACGACCUGGGCCUGGUCCGAGACUUCUCCAUCCACCCCAUCACGCUCAGGAGAUGGCUGCUCUGCGUGCACGACAACUACAGAAACAACCCUUUCCACAACUUCCGGCAUUGCUUCUGCGUGACCCAGAUGAUGUACAGCAUGAUCUGGCUCUGCCGGCUCCAGGAGAAAUUUUCCCAAAUGGAUAUCUUGAUUCUAAUGACGGCAGCCAUCUGUCACGAUUUGGAUCACCCAGGGUACAACAACACGUACCAGAUCAACGCCCGCACGGAGCUGGCCGUCCGUUACAAUGACAUCUCGCCCCUGGAGAACCACCACUGUGCCGUGGCCUUUCAGAUCCUCGCCCAGCCCGAGUGCAACAUCUUCACCAAUGUGCAGCCAGACGGGUUCAAGCAGAUCAGACAGGGGAUGAUCACUCUGAUUCUAGCCACUGACAUGGCAAGACACGCAGAAAUUAUGGAUUCUUUCAAAGAAAAAAUGGAGAAUUUUGACUACAGCAACGAACAGCAUGUGACCCUCCUGAAGAUGAUUCUGAUAAAAUGCUGUGAUAUCUCCAACGAGGUGCGUCCGAUGGCAGUUGCAGAACCUUGGGUGGACCGCUUGUUGGAAGAGUAUUUCAUGCAGAGCGACCGCGAGAAGUCGGAAGGCCUUCCCGUGGCCCCUUUCAUGGACCGGGACAAAGUGACCAAAGCCACGGCCCAAAUUGGGUUCAUCAAGUUUGUCCUGAUCCCCAUGUUUGAAACGGUGACCAAGCUCUUCCCUGUGGUCGAGGAACUCAUGCUGCGGCCCCUUUGGGAAUCCAGAGACCGUUACGAGGAACUGAAACAAAGAGAUGACUCCUUGAAAGAGAGGGAGAUGGAGAGCUUGACGGCGGGGGGCACUGAUACGUCGUCGUCGUCGAGAGAGAAAAGCAGAGAUGUGAGAAACAGAGAAGAGGGUGCUAUUCUGAACUGACAUCUCGAUGCACAUGACGGAGCCUGGAGGAGGCAGGACGAUGCGGGCCGUGGUUCUGGACCAGGCUGGCCGAGCCUCGUGAGCCGUCCGCGUGGGGAAGUUCAUUCCGAGCGCCUGACUCCACGAGACCAUGUUUUCUAAGAACUGUUUUGUUCACUGAUACAAAAAAAAAAAAAAAGGAAAACGGAAUUCAUGAUGCUGUACAGAAUUUUUAUUUUUAAACUGUCUUUUAAAUAAUAUAUUCUUAUACAGAAACGGGUACUGUACUUUUUCUUUGUAGUGUUGUGUAUCCGGGGGCUGCGUCUGGCAGUCCCCAGAGCCCCCGAGCUCUCACGGGGGGACAAGAACUGUGCUUUGCUCGCAGAUGUGUCUGCGCGGUGUGAUGUGACGCUCCCUCCCGUGUAAAUUCAGAAUUAAAUGCCAGGCGGUGCCCGGAGCACAA